UAUAGCGAUUGAAUUAGGAUCGGCGAAGGACGAGACUGUCAAAGAAUUUUCCCGGAGAGUCGCUGUUCGAAAUAUAUAUUUCCUCCCAUUUGAACAACAAAAAUGCUUUUAGGAACGCUUCAAAUCUGCAACGAACAGCUUAGGGCGGAAGAGAUCAAAGAAAUUUGCGAUUCUCUCAACGACAACAGCAUUCGAAGCCUGUCUCUUCGAGGUUGCAAAGUUCAUGAUGACGAUUUUAAGAAACUGAUGGAGAGUUUGAAAGAAUGUGAAUCCUUAGCUCAACUCAACUUAAACCUCGGUGUAUGCAAUGGAAGGCAUAGGAUAAAGUGGUUGUCUGAAGCUUUGGCUGUCAAUAAAUGCCUCAGUUCAUUGUUGUAAGUAUUUAUAAAAAGAUAUGACACUUAUAGCUCUUGACCUGUAUAUAUAGCAUUUGUCUUCUUUUAAUUACCAAAUGUUCACGUUUGUACAGUGAAACCUGUAUAAUUUAAGCGGACACCCUCGGGGAAUGCUGUAGUGUCCACUUAAUACAAGGUGUCCGCCUAAUAAAGUUUUCAAUAGAUAACAUCAUAUGAGGUGUCAAAUGCCAUUCAAAUUAAAUGAACAGUGGAAACGUUUAGAACCCGUACGAAACGAGCAGCGCUGCCACAGCGCUGCAGAAUGACUUCAAGAAGCGCUACAAAAGAGCUGCAAAAGGGCUGGUUGCAGCAGUAGCAAAUUUUGGCUGUUUCGCGCUGCAGUGGAAAGCCCUUUGACAGCGAUAAACAGCGCUGUUGCAGCGGUGCAGAAAAUUCCCGAAUCACGAUCUGCACUGCAAAGUGGCUGCAAAGUGGCUUUGAAAACACAAAGAAUGUUGUUACCGGUAAUGGCCUACCACUCGUUAGUACAAAAAAAAGGAAAUGCAGACUUCAAUAAUAUAAUAGUCACGAAACAUGGUAGAGGAGUUGACAAGGCCUUAGGAGGAGUAAAAACCACUAGAAAGUCAAAAUGCAACUGAUACUUUAUUAGUAUCCACGCGUACACGUUACAAAAGCAAGUGACAUAACAAAUCUGCAACAGUCUCGCUUUGUAAAUAUUCAGCAGUCACGGUCACUCAUCUUAAUGUAAGAACUGCCAUUAACAUGCAGACAUUGAAGUUUAUCUUUUUUUAAAAGUAAAGAGAAUAACAGCGACUGUUCUAUGUAAAGUUUACACCAGACAACAGCCAAAAGAUAUUUUGAUUCGUUGCAACACGUUAAGCCUGACAUCGCUCACCUUGACGUUUUGUCCAUGAUCGACGAUCUGCUACACUUUUUUUGUGAAAGAAAUCAACCCAAUCUUACUUUGGUCGUCGUUAAAUUUUACAAUGGACUAAGGAACGUACAUUAUCGUUGAACGUUUGAAUCUUGUAAGUGCUUUCAUACCCCAGCGAAGAUUCUUGCAUCUGUGUUUCUUGCUCUGCUGGUUCAAUUCGUCGGUACUUCGCGUAGAAUUCACUGUACAGUACCGUUGUUUACAAAUACCUUUGAGCUGUUCCAUCCAAAAACAUCAACAGAACUUCCAUCUCAAAACAGAACUAGAUGCAAAAAACUUACAAAUUUGUAUGAAUGUUUGCGCCUUUCAUUCAACAGUCACAAAUGUUUGUCUAGAGAUGUAAUGGGGUCUUAUGCAAAAGUACCGACCAAUUAGAUUACAGCCUAGAAUGUCUCCAGGGAAUUAGCGAUAACAUUCCCACACUCGCCAGUCAUGGAAUGAAAUUUAUCAAAGCAUAGAAGUUGGAGGUUUAUUCAAUAAGUAAUCUUCCCUGCGCACAAGCUUACUCACAUUUCUUAGAGGUACAGUCAAAGUUUUCUCGUUAUAAAGGCCGUAAUGAGGCUUUUCUGGCGAUUCAUGUUAUCUCAAGAACGUUGUGCUAUCAGAUCGAGGGCAGCUGAAUUGUAGCGUUACUGCAGCUACUUCGCAGCUUUUGAAAGUCGGCAACUGCCUGCAAAACCGCUGCCGAGAGCUUCAAAGGCUGCACAGCGCUUUUGCAUCCCGCUGCAACUUGAAUUAAGCUGCUGUUUGGCUUCUAAAAUGCUGUUAAACAGCUGUAAUUUAGCUGUACAGCUAUUUUGAAGCGAUUUUGUGGCGCUGUACAGCGCUGCAAGUUUCGUACGGGAAUACUCCCAGAGACUAUGAUGAUAUAUGUUGGCAUAAUUUCUUUAUCAAAGUGGACCAAUUGAUCAUAGUACCAUAAACAUAGAUUGCAAGUCAAAUUUGAAGAAAUCAGGCAAGUGAAAUAAGCUCUGUACAAACAAAACGAAAUAGAAAACAAUACUGUACUGUGAAACAAAUCAAAUAUGUUUGUCAAGUCACGUUUUUUAAUGUAACAUCGAAAAAUUUGGGGUUGGCAAUCCCGGGGGAGGGGGGGGGGGGAGGGGGCUACUCCCCUGAAUUUUGCCCGUGAAUUUUGGAUAGGGGUGUGCCACGGAGGGUCGUGAACCCUAACCCUAUUUAAGGACUAAGAAAGCGAAAACUGAUACCCUUCUUAAGGCCCAAAGCUGAAAAAUGACAUCCUAUUCAGGGAAAAAACAAAAUUAUUAAUAAUGGAUGUAUAGUAUCAAGCAUAAAAUAGUAGAAUAAGCCUAGUUUAAUAACGGCUGUUAAACCUCUGUUGCAAAAUCAUUUUGUUAAUACUUAAACGGAUACAUCAAGUUUAAAAACAACCGUUUGUUUAGGCGGGCGUUUUAAAACUCCAGUAAGCAAAACAAUAAUAUAAUAUAAUACAAUUAUAUACAAUUAAUACAAUUAAGUUACCCAUCUAAGGACCACACCAGGGACAUUGAAACAAGGGUCAAAAAAGAUACCCUAUUUAAGGACCAAGAACCUCAAAAACCAUACCCUUUUCCGCGGCACGUACCUAUAUAGCCCAUAUGUGGGAGUAGCCCCCCCAGGGUGACAAUUUGAGGCAAUCUUUUGCAUUUCCGGUGUCUGGCAUAUUGGGUGGUGGAAUUUAAUUACAAGUGUCCAUUCAAUACAGGUUGGCAACAAUAGAAAUGACCAUUUCAUGUACUUUUUAGGUGUCUGUCUGCUUUAAUAAUAAAGGUUUCAUAAAGUAAAUAAGGGAAAUAAAUUUGGGGACUUCGGCUACCAUCUUCUUAAUAGAGUGUUUCCGCUUAAUACAGGUUUCACUUUAUUUGGUAAAAUGUCAUUAACAGCUGGGACAAUUAGGUAAAAUUGGGCUUUGGCCUUUUGUGGGGUGCCCGGCUCUCACUUAUGCAGCUAUUCCAAGGAAGGUCAUCAAAAAAAGUGCAUGCGACAAUGGGAAAGGUAUUGUGGUUAUAGUUUUGAGUUGACUAUUCUUCAAAGAAAUUUAAAAGAAUAGCACGAGAGGCCAUGGACGUAUGUUUGCAAGUGCUAAGGAAGUCAGAAAGGAGGUUCGACAGUUACAAUGUCAGGAACAGUGUAUUGAUCAUAUCCCAUAUUACCUUUCGGGAUUGUUGCAUGCACUUUUUUACAACAAUUAACCUUUCUCAAAAUAGCUGUAUAUGUUGUAGUUAUUUUUUUUAAUUUCAGGUAAUUUUUGUUUUGCUUUUAUUUUUGGGUAUUUUUAUGUAUGGUAAUAAACUUGAAUCAAAGGAAAUUGAAGUAUAAAUUACUUGAGAUGAAAAAUUUACUACAACAUAUUUAUUAGGCUAUGUCAUUCACACAGUACCAGAUGAACUUUCAACUGUUUGAAAAUUGGAGCGUUUAGAUGUUCUGUUCACGUGGAACCACCCUAACUGUGCAAAACUUUAGAUGUGUAGCUGUUCAAAUAUUUGAGUGCAAGGAUGAGGUCAAAGUUUUCACCGGCGCAUCCAGAUUGUCCAAAUUUUUGAACAGCAAAGGCAUGGGUGCUUAGUUACUCAGCUGGUAGACAGCAUGUUGGAUUUGCCGAAGUAGCGCUCUAGGCAUGGGCAGAUUGUUAAACUACUGACAAAUCUGGUUUGUCAGUUACGACUUUCUCAAUAAUUAUUGAGGAAAACUGUACCAAAUACUAUUAUUGUUGUUUUCAUAGAGGUAAAGGGGCACAAGAGUCAAAGGCCCAAACGGCUGGAUCUUAUCCCUGUUUCAUUAGCAUGAAGCACCUAGGAGUAUUGCUACUCCCCCCUGGACAGGAUACUAGUCCAUUUCAGGGUUACCACCCAGCAGUAUGUCGCCCAUACCCAUUUAUACACCUGGGUGAAGAGAGACAAAGUUCCUUGUCUAGGCAGUAAGGAAACUACACGAUGGGUGAGGCUUGAACCCCGGACCUCCAGAUCUGGAGUUCCAGGUGUUAACCUCUCAGCCACACACGCCUCCUUCAUGCUAAGUGCAAAUUAAGUGUGUAUCUUAAGACCCAAAGAAUUGUUCCAGUUGUCAGGUAUAAACAUAAUUAAGAAAUAAGCACCCAAGUGACUUCUGAUGAGCUGCUAGAUUCUCCUUCCAAAUUGCCUUUUAAUUGUUCAUGAAACAAAUGGGGAAUUUGACAGUGCAUCCAAAGUCAUGAUAAGGCCUUAUUCCUUGCACAUCCCUUUCAAACUAUAAUGAGCUCCAGUCAGUGGUCUUCUGUGUAUGCUACUAAAGCUGAUCUUGAAUAUUUCAAAAAAAUUUUGUUGUAGCUUACAUGGUACAUCUCUUGGUGACGAAGGUCUGGAAUGCCUUAUGCCUGCACUACAAGCCCAUCCUAAACUCCAAUCACUGGACUUUGGUGAUUGUCAGUUAGGAGAUGAGGGCAUAAGACAAAUAUGCACACUCCUUCCUCCAAGUGAAGGAAGACAAGGUUUACUGGACCUCACACUGUCAGCUAACCCAAGUAUUUCACCCCAAGGCUGGACGCAGCUUGCCAUUGCCAUAGCUGCCAAUUCACAGCUGUGCUUCCUUUAUCUUGACUACAACAACAUUGGCGAUAAUGAAGCUCGUGUGCUUUCAGUUGCACUAGCAGCCAGUUCAACAUUAGAAAGAGUUGACUUGGAGGGUUGUAACAUCGGUGAAAAAGGUGGAGAAAUGUUUUUCACGGUCCUUGCUAAUUAUCCAACAAGAAUGGUGGAACUUGUUCUGACAGAGACUGGUAUUAGUACUGACUUAAUUGGUCAAAUUAAUGACUGUUUAAACCAAAAAAUGCAAGACUCUGAGGAACAAGAGAGUUUGGAUAAAUCUGUCGAAGAGGAAGAAAAGAGCAAGGAUGCAGCAUAA